GCUGUCAAUGAGUUGGCUUUGGGCUUUCCCAACGUCGUGGUCCUGCCUCUAGAUGUGACAGACCCCAACAGCAUCAAGGCAGCGGUUGAGAAGGUGCAGAGGAAGGUGGGAAAUACUGGCCUCAACCUCCUGAUCAACAACAUCAGCACCACGCGCCGCAGCACACUGGCCACUGAGACAGCGGAGAACAUGACCCUUGUCUAUACCACCAACACCAUUGGGCCCCUGCAGACAAGCCAGGCCUUCCUGCCCCUGCUGAAGGAGGCAGCUGAGGCCCAAGGGCAGCGUGAGAUGAGCUGCAGCAGAGCUGCUAUCAUCAACAUCUCCAGCAUUCUGGGCUCCAUCGAGGUGGCAGAGGCUUGGGAGGAGAGGCAGGACAUCUGUUACCGCUGCAGCAAGGCUGCUUUGAACAUGCUCACCAAGUGCCUGGCCCUGGAGUACGGCAACAGUGGGAUCCUCUGCGUGUCCGUGGACCCUGGCUGUGUGACACCUCCCUUGGAACAGGGGAUGGGCCCGGUGACAGUGGAGGAGAGUGUGCAGGGCGUCCUGCGGCUGCUGGCACAGCUCUCAGCCACCAGCAACGGCACCUUCUGGGACUGGAGAGGACAAAGGCUGCCCUGGUGA